AUAUAAAACCCCGGUUGCCGACUCAAAUCCCCCGUCACCACCAUUCCUCCCUUCUGCUUAAACCCACAAAACAACGCAAAACCCCUCCUCUCUUCUUUCCUGUGUUCCAUUUCUUAAACUGAAGGGAAAGCUCUCGCAAAAGUUAGCAGCAGCCAUGUGUGGAGGUGCCAUCAUCUCUGACUUCAUCCCUCCCCGGAAAAGCAGCAGCUCCAACCUCCGCCUCUCCGCCUCCGACCUCUGGCCCGAUGCUUCCUCCUUUUUCUUCCCCAAGACUCCCGAGCCCGUCUCCCAACCCCCUCCCCCCGAGAAAGGGAAGAGGAAGAGGGAAAGGAAGAAUCUUUAUAGAGGUAUCCGACAGCGGCCGUGGGGGAAGUGGGCGGCCGAGAUCCGGGACCCCAUGAAGGGCGUCCGCGUCUGGCUCGGCACCUUCAGCACCGCCGAGGAGGCCGCCCGCGCAUACGACCGCGAGGCCCGCCGCAUCCGCGGCAAGAAGGCCAAGGUCAACUUCCCCAACGAAGAACCCCCUCCCGAGCUCCCUAAACCCCCAUCCCAGUCCCAUCACCCGCACUACUACCCGCGCGGUCCCAUCCCUUCUUUCCCACCCUCCGUCCCUCGCGGCCGUCCGUUCGCUGCUCCGAAGUUGGAAACGCCGGAUCCGUCCCCUGCUCCUGCUGUUGCGAACGGUGGCGAUGGCCUCGACGCCGGCGAGGUGAGGAGACUGUCGGAGGAGCUGAUGGCGUACGAGGCGUACAUGAACUUCUUCGAGAUCCCGUACAUGGAGAGCGAGGCGGUGGCGCAGCCCGUGGCGCCAGAGGCGGCGGCGGCGGCGGCGGUGGUGGUGUCGGAGGCGGGUUCGAUCCCGUGCAUUCAGCAAGCGGCCGUGCCUUCGAGUAUGGAGAUGCUGUGGAAUUUCGAUGACGACUUUCUGCCCACUUCCAUUGCCCUUUGAUUUCGCCGCCUUCUUUCUCUGCCCCUCUGCCUCUCAAGUCUAAUUUCUCUAUUUGUGUAUAUUUAAAUUUCGCUGCUGUUUUUCCUUUGUACAACAAGCCGAACGUUAGGACUUGUUCAAUGUUAUUUUUCUGGUGAUCUGUUGAAAACCUUUAAAUAUUUGCUUUGUAUGAUUUAAUUUUCUGAAAAUAAGGAACUGUGAUCUGCCCUGUUACAAUGAGCGGAUAGUUCAGUUCAGCUCAUGCUCUGCUUCCCUGCAGUAUAGUUUGUGAAUCGUGAUGUAUGAGUUAUUGUUACUAUACAAUCAGAUCGGUCCGCAUUUGUUUUGCUGCUCA